GGUUCACCCAUUCCAUCGCAUUCAAUCUUUUUUUUUUUAGAAAUUCUCUCUCGCCUAAGGACGGAAUGAACGAUGAAUGAAGUUAAACGCCGCCAUCUUCUUCUCCAUUAACGAUGUCGACAACAUCUUCCUUGUCUAUGAGGUUCCUCGUCGUAUCAAGCACACCAAUAUCGACUUCCUCGCCUUCUUAAGCUUCUCACAACAGUCUCGUUCUGAACCUUCUCGACUCCGACGUCUGCUCUUCCUCCGACGCCUUCUGUUCCUCCUCCGACAUCGUCUGAUCUUUGGAAUCCCGUCAUCGUCAUCUGCAAAGCAGAGAAAGGGUUAACCGAGGAAAAAUGGUUUUUGCUUCAAAAAGUGGUAGAUGUAUUCAGAAAACAAGUUUAUGGAAUGGCUUGUGAAGAGGUUCCAUAAUCCAAAUGAAGUUGGGGGCAUCCAUGGUUUUCUUGAUUAUGAUCAAUGUGCUUUUUAUAUUUGCAAAUUAAUGAUUAUACUUGUUAUAACAUAAAACGGAUACUGUAGUAUAUAAGAAUAAAUUGUGUUAUAGAUCCUAAUCGUUGGACUUUAUUAGCCAAGUUUUAUGAAUAACUGUUUUUAGAGAAUUCGGGAAUUUUCUUUCUAAUGAAUUUCAGUUACAACAAUUCAAGCAAUUUCUAACAAUAAUUAUUGUUUCAUGGAUUUUGUAUUCUCGGAUGUGGGUAAUUGACAUCUCAUUCUCAAAGAAUAUGAUAUUAUAUAUAAGGGUUGAUGAUCGAGAGAAGGAGACCUGAGUUCAAGAUGGAGGGACCUGUAUUCGAGUUGAAUAUCAAUUCCAUUCUUUAAAGAAUAGUAUAUUUUUUUAGAUGCAUUCCUCACA